CAAAGACGUUCGCUUGCCGAUCCAGCUACAACGGGCUAUGGCUGCCGAGGCUGAGGCUGCCCGCGAAGCUCGCGCCAAGGUUAUUGCUGCUGAAGGUGAACAAAAGGCUUCCAGAGCCUUGAGAGAAGCCUCAGAGGUCAUUGGAGAUUCUCCCGCAGCCUUGCAGCUCAGAUAUUUGCAGCACGUGCCCAUCGCUCCCUACUUUCCUCUAUAAUACCCACAUUUGACCUGCUGUGAAUGACACUUCCAAGAACUUCAGCGAAUGGUUAAUUUGUUCAACGAUUUCGACGAUUUAUCGACCAGCGAGAUACGUUGAAUCAGGGACUAUUGAAUUUCAAGAACUG